AUGCCAUUUAAGGACUCGCUGGAAAAUCCAUUUGUCAAAAGACUUUUGGAGAUCCAAACUAGCGAAGAGACCUACCCGAGCAAAUGGGACAAAUUGAUUAGAUACGGAAAAUUAUUGGUGACCCAGAGAUUGAAUGGUUUCACAAAUUUCGAAAAGCUCAUUCUCAAAGAACCCAAAGAUUGCUCUAUUGUUAGUAGAUAUUCCCAAGUUGAAAGGUUUGAAAUAACCAGAAGGUCCACAGGCUUGACGAUUGACGAAAUAUACCUAAAUGUUUUGAGGAUUCCUCAUCCUAUGCGGCGAUUUAUCGAAAAAUCAAAAAAUAUCGAUAUUUCCGAAAACUGCAAGAACUUGAACUUUGAAAAUCUUGAGGAAAAGGCAGACUAUUUGAGAAACAUUGAAGAUAACUUGUCAAAGCUCCCGGUGAUUGUGUUAAUCCACGGACUUGGCGGUCAGACAUCACAAUUCGAAGAGCUAUUGAUGCUAUUAUCUCAAAGUUGUGACUGUUUCGCCGUUGAUUUACCGGGGUUUGGGCAUUCUAGAUUUACUGAUGAGGUUGGGAAUUCUAUGAUCAAACAUAGCAAAGAAGAUGCAAAAAAUUUGAAACAGUCGAUGCUGAAGAUGACAUGGGAAGAUUUUCAGACAGAUAGAAUCGUGGAAAUCUUGGAAAAUGUUGUAAUGAAUGACAAAAAACUUCAAAAUAGAAAGCUCGUGUUGAUUGGUCAUUCUAUGGGUACCCAUAUUGUUUUGAAACUUAGUCGCCUGUUGAACCUGUUGACCACAGAAAAGAAGGUAGAGUCCAUAGUAUUGUUGUCACCGCCAGAUAUCAGCAAUACAUUGGGUAUUCCUAAGUCUUUAUUCUCUACAUCAAACUUCUUAAUCAGGAUAUUCAUCUAUUUUCCGUUCAUUUUGAAUUUAUUGCGGGUGUAUGACCGACUAGGAGGACUUUAUUCUGGCUCAGUGCUACGAAUGGUUGGUAGUCAAGCUUCGAUUUACACUAAGGUUAAGCAGAUUAGAUGGAAUUUAGAUAGCGAUAGUAAGGCUUGGCUAAGAUAUGUCGAAGGAUUUCAAAGAGUCGGGAAAUCGCAAUUUAUCGCCAGCAUGUCGAGUUUUAAGAAUGAUGACGAUAAACUGAAAGUGCUAAUUCUUUGCGGUGAAGAGGAUCAAGCAACCCCCAUUAAUAAAGGUUUGAGACAUAUGAAAGAAAUCGCAGAUAAUAUUAAAGUCCCAGUGGAAACAGUGGCGAUUCACAAUUGUGGGCAUUCGAUAGUAUUGGAGAAACCUGAAUUUGUUAGUGGAAUGAUUCUUAAGUUUCUUAUGAAUAAUAUAGAUGCGAAGUUGGACCCAUCAUUUGUGUUAACUUUGAAAGCAAUCAUCAAUGGGGAUAAAUGGGGACUUAAGAAUUUGGAUAAAUGGAAGUCAAUUCAGAAUGUCAGCGAUAUAAUUAUCAACGCCAAUACUAAUAAUAUCUCGCCAUUGUUAGCAAUGAAAACUUUGAGAAAUAAUGACCCGGCACAUUCGCCAGAAAUUUUAGAGAACACUAGACCAGAUAUUAUAGGGAUCAUUGAUAUUUCAGCGACAGGCACCAGUAAUUCUUACGAUCCAAAGGCUUUCAAAAGAAUCAAGUACCAUAAAUUGGCAACAAUUUCGAAAAUUCCUCCCGAUACCAGAUUAAUCAGACUGUUCAACGACUUGGUGACUAGCAUUUUAAAGGAGUACUACCAUGGGAACUCUGGCAACAAUGUGAUUCUGAAGGAUGGGCCAUUUAUUGCAGUGCAUUGUCACUAUGGUUUCAACCGUACAGGUUAUUUGCUCUGCAGCUAUCUUAUUGAACACUUGGAAUGGACGGUAAAAGAUGCUUUGGAAGCCUUUACCACUGCCAGACCACCGGGAAUUCGUCAUCCUCACUUUAUUGAUAGUUUGUAUCUUACUUAUGAAGAUUAG